AUGUCUUCCCUUUCCGUAAGAGGACGUCACGGUCCGGCUGCAAAGCGGGGCGCGGACGACCAGCCGUGCGCGGAGACGGAGCAGCUGAAAGUCCCGCUGGGGCGGAUUGACGUUGACCUGCUCCAGGCCAGGCUGGUCUGUGCCGGCCCCAGCCAUGCCCGUCGCAGCCCGGCUGCUGCCCUUCCCUACGCCUCCAGAAGACUCAGGGUAGACAAACAGCGCCCCCUGCAGGUGGAGAUCCUGCCUGCCCUGAAGAAGAACCAGGAGCAGAGGAAGCCCGAGUACAUCCACAGGAAGAACCGCGAGGCACUGCUCAGAGCGGGCUGGACGCCCCCGUCCGCCUCCUGGCCUGUGGACCGCCGGCCGUCCGGCCUGCACCUGCCCGAGCUCCCCGACCACGUGAAGGAGAAGCAGGUGCCGCUGACGCAGCUGUAUUCUCCCUCUCCGCCCAAAAGACCUCGCCCCAAGUCGUCCCCCGGUGCGGCCCCCAGCCCGGCCCCCUCCAUGCCCCCGACGGGCCCCUCCACGCCGCCCUCGGGGCCCCUGCUGUUCUCCUCGGAGGAGCAGGCCAUCGCGGCACGGGUCAGCGGGCCGCUGGACAUCAUCCGCACCAUCCGGAGCAACCCCCACAUCGGGUUCUUCUACAUGAGCUCCGACGUGCCCGCGUCCUCCCCCAAAUACGACGCCUUCAACCUCAGGAUCGAGGCGUACGAGAACGUGAACAAACACGACUACUACACCAUCAGCCUGUCGGGCGUGACGCACGUGUGCGGCGGCGAGGUGGAGCUCCAGACGCUGGAGCGCUGGGAGCAGGAGUACCGCUGCCACCGGCGGCUCCGCCGCAUCCCGCUGUUCGCCCUGUUCCGCCGCUGGAAGGCCUUCCGCGUCUGGCGCGCCAACGUGCGCGCCAAGAACAUGAGCCACUGCCGGCGCCUGCUGCAGCGCAACCUGUUCAUCGUCAACGAGUCUCUGCGGCCGGCGCUGAUUGACAUCCGUGAGAUGUGCUACCGGAUCAGUGACAUGGGCCUGUGCCGCAUCGAGCUGGCACACACCUACACGCUGGAGGACUUCAGACAGGCCCAGUUCCAGCAGCUGCAGGAGGUCUCUGCUCGGCUGAAGGAGUUCAGGGAGCUGGUGAAGGAGGUGGUGAGGAACGCCUGUCGCACUGCCCUCAUGGAGGCCGGCUUCAUCCCAGACUACGGCUCCUACGACCCCGAGGCCCCGGGGGACGAGCAGGACGCACAGCUGUCCCAGGAAAUGGAGCAGCUGUACAAGGACGCUCCCGAGAAGAUGGGCUACACCGAGCAGGCCAUCAAGAGGAACCACUGCAAGAGGCUGACCUGCUUCAUCCGGCUGGCGGACUUCAUGAUCGUGAACACCAUGCACAUCCUGGUGGUCAACUCCAUCACCACCCUGCUGAACGUCCUGAAGGACCGCGUCCAGUGCACCCCCUCGAAGGAGGUCAUCCAGUGCUGGGACGUCCCGGCGGAAAGCUCUGAGAAGAAGGGCUCCAGUGCAGCCCUGCCCAUGUUCGUCUCUCAGCUCAUGCUGGACACCUACGCCCUGUCCUACGAGCCGUCGCUGGACCACUUCCAGACCUGCGUGGCUGAGAUCAUCCAGUGCUUCCAGGACACAGUGCUGGGGCUGGAUCCCCUCGUGCCCGACCCCUUCUUCAACGCCUUCACCCAGCCCAUCAUAUACAACAAGGUGGAGGAGAAGACGUGUGGAGAGGGCCCCAGCAUGGAGGCCAUCAUGGAGGAAGACAAGCACCUGCACACCAUUAUCCAGAACAUCGUGGAAGUCCUGGAGUUUGCGUUCGAAGCGGCGGAAACGUACGCGGAGACCUUUGAGAGAUUCCGCGUCUUCUUCAGGGAGAACGAGAGCCUGGAUCUGAACAUCCUGAGGGAGCAGGAGCACGACGUGGCCUUCUUUGGGGAGCAGCUGGAGAGGUACCACUCCGAGCACAAAGAGGCUCUGGCCAUCAUACAGAAGAGACAGAUCGGCCUGCUGCUCAUCGACUCCACCCACCUGAAGGCCAAGCUCAUCCCAUCCCCCUUACGCUGCUUAGAGACCAUCAACGACAUGCUGCCGACACUGGCCAAGACCAAGAUGGACGACAUCAUUGCCGAAGCGCAGAAGGCUCGCUACAAACUGGUCACCACCCCCUCGGCCACCGCAGAGUUCGUCCAGUCCUUGGAUUUCCUGGAGGAGAUCACAGAUCGGAUCGAGGUGCUGGACAAGCAGACGGAGACGGUGUCGCAGAUGUUCGAGCUGAUCGAGCAGUACCGCGUGCCCACGCCGCCCGAGGACAUGGCCACCUACGCCACGCUGCGGCCGUCCAUCACGCGCGUGCGCAACGCCAUCGACAAGGCCGUGGGGGAGAGGGACGCCAACGUCACCAAGUUCUGCCAGCACCUGCAGCAGGACAUCACCGAGCUCAACAAGGAAGUGAAGAGCGUCAAGGAACGGGCCCAGAACAGGCUGAUCCUGGACAGCACUGCAGACAGGGAGAAGGUGAACGUGCUGCUGCAGGGGAUCCAGGUCUCCAUCAACGAGCUGCAAGCCCAGGCCCUCCAGUUCAAGACCUACCAGAAGAACUUCAAGGUGGAGGUGACGAAGUACGAGGCCCUGGAGGAGCUGAGCACGGAGGUGAAGCUGAAGCAGCUCCUGUGGGACUCGCUGGAGGAGUGGGAGGGCCUGCAGGCCGGCUGGAUGGAGAGCAAGUUCGAGGAGCUGGACCCGGAGGACCUGAGCGCGCAGGUGAUGCGCUUCGUCAAGUGCGUGACGCAGCUGGAGAAGGGCCUCCCGCCCAACAGCGUGGUGCCCAAGCUGAAGGAGCAGGUGGAGGGCAUGAGAGCCAAGCUCCCCGUGAUCUCUGACCUGAGGAACCCAGCGCUGAAGGCCCGUCACUGGGACAUGCUGGAGCGGGUGGUGAACGCCAGCCUGGUGGAGGAGCCCCUCACACUGGCAGCCCUGCAGGAGCUCAACAUCUUCAGCUUCGACACCGACAUCCUGGAGGUGUCUGGUCAGGCUUCAGGAGAGGCGUCGUUGGAGUCGAUCCUGAAAAAGGUGGAGGACUCGUGGAAGACCACAGAGUUCGUGGUGCUCUCCCACCGGGAGUCCAAGGACGUGUUCAUCCUCGGGGGCACGGACGAGAUCCAGGUCCUCCUGGACGACAGCACCAUCAACGUGGCCACUGUGGCCUCCUCCCGCUACGUGGGUCCCAUCAAGUCCCGGGUGUCCGACUGGCAGAAGCAGCUGGGCCUCUUCAAUCAGACUCUGGACGAGUGGCUGACGUGUCAGCGGAACUGGCUCUACCUGGAGAGCAUCUUCAGCGCCCCGGACAUCCAGAGGCAGCUGCCCGCCGAGGCCAAAAUGUUCCUGCAGGUGGACAAGUCCUGGAAGGACAUCAUGAGGAAGGUGCAGCGGCUGCCCAACGCCCUGCGGGCCGCCACCAAGCCAGGUCUAUUGGAAGUCUUCCAGAACAACAAUGCUUUAUUGGACCAGAUACAGAAAUGUCUGGAGGCCUAUUUGGAGUCCAAGAGAGUCAUCUUCCCCAGGUUCUACUUCCUGUCGAACGACGAGCUGCUGGAGAUCCUGGCCCAGACGCGGAACCCGCAGGCCGUGCAGCCGCACCUGCGCAAGUGCUUCGACGCCAUCGCCCGUCUGGAGUUCGCCCUGCUGCCGCCCCCGACCGCCGCCCCCCAGGGAGCGCCCCCCGAGGGGGAGGGCGAGAAGGCCUACAGCAACGACAUCCUGGCCAUGGUCUCCCCCGAGGCAGAGAGGGUGGGCUUGGGGAAGGGCCUGAAGGCUCGUGGGAAUGUGGAGGACUGGCUGGGCAAGGUGGAGGAGGCCAUGUUCUCCUCCCUGAGGCGACUCACCAAGGCCUCCAUCGCCGACUACCAGAACAAGCCCAGGGUGGAGUGGGUGGUGGCGGGCCACGCUUCCCAGGUGGUGCUCACCGUCUCCCAGCUGAUGUGGUGCCGGGACAUGGACAACGUUCUGGAGGGAGACCACGACCACUUUGAAGCUCUGCAGGAGUUUGAAGUCGUCAACGUUGAGCGACUGAACGCCCUCGCUGCGCUGGUGCGCGGCCAGCUUCCCAACCUGCACCGCAACAUCAUCACCGCCCUCAUCACCGUGGACGUGCACGCCCGCGACAUCGUCACCGACCUCGUCAAGCAGAAGGUGGAUAACAGCAGUAACUUUGAGUGGCAGAGGCAGCUGCGGUAUUACUGGGACAUGGACUUGGACAACUGCGUGGCGAGGAUGGCCCUGUCCCAGUACAUCUACGGCUAUGAGUACCUGGGAGCCUGUCCCAGACUGGUCAUCACACCCCUCACUGACCGCUGCUACCUGUGCCUCAUGGGGGCGCUGCAGCUGGACCUGGGGGGGGCCCCUGCUGGCCCAGCGGGGACGGGCAAGACCGAGACCACCAAGGACCUGGCCAAGGCGCUGGCCAUCCAGUGCGUGGUCUUCAACUGCUCCGACGGGCUGGACUACAAGAUGAUGGGCAAGUUUUUCAGCGGCCUGGCUCAGUCAGGGGCCUGGUGCUGCUUCGACGAGUUCAACCGCAUCGACAUCGAGGUGCUGUCCGUCAUCGCCCAGCAACUCAUCACCAUCCGCAACGCUAAGGCUGCCAAGAUGAGCAGGUUCAUGUUUGAAGGCCAGGAGAUAAAGCUGGUCAUGACCUGCGCCGCCUUCAUCACCAUGAACCCCGGAUACGCCGGCCGCACGGAGCUCCCCGACAACCUGAAGGCCCUGUUCAGACCCAUCGCCAUGAUGGUGCCCAACUACGCCCUGAUUGCUGAGGUCAUCCUGUACUCGGAGGGCUUUGAGUCCAGUAAGACUCUGGCCCGGAAGAUGACCCAGAUGUACAAGCUGUGCAGCGAGCAGCUAUCUCAGCAGGACCACUACGACUUCGGCAUGCGCGCCGUCAAGUCCGUGCUGGUCAUGGCUGGGUCCCUGAAGAGAGAGAACCCACACCUGUCUGAAGACGUGGUCCUCAUCCGUGCCCUGAGGGACUCCAACCUGCCCAAGUUCCUGACAGACGACGCUGUUCUCUUUGGGGGCAUCCUGUCGGACCUGUUCCCGGGCGUCACCAUCCCGGAGCACGACUACGGCGUGCUGCAGUCCACCAUCGAGGAGGCCCUGGUGAAGCGGCGUCUCCAGGUCCUCCCCAGCACCACGCUCAAGGUCAUCCAGCUCUACGAGACCAUGAUCGUGCGCCACGGCGUCAUGCUGGUGGGCCCCACCGGCGGGGGCAAGACCACCGUCUACGCCAUCCUGGCCGACGCCCUGGAGGAGCUGCACCGGCAGGGCCACCAGAACCCCUUCUACCAGCCGGUGAAGACCUACGUGCUCAACCCCAAGUCGGUGACCAUGGGCGAGCUGUACGGCGAGGAGAACCCGCUCACCAUGGAGUGGCGCGACGGCCUGAUGGCGCUGAGCGUGCGGGCCGGCGUCAACGACACCACCGACGACCACAAGUGGGUGAUCAGCGACGGGCCCGUGGACGCCCUGUGGAUCGAGAACAUGAACACCGUGCUGGACGACAACAAGAUGCUCUGCCUGGCCAACAGCGAGCGCAUCAAGCUCACGCCCUCCAUACACAUGGUGUUCGAGGUGCAAGAUCUGGCCGUUGCGUCCCCAGCCACAGUCAGCCGCUGUGGGAUGGUCUACAUUGACCCCAGUGAACUCAAGUGGAUGCCAUAUGUUCAGACCUGGAUCAAGGGGUUGCCAGAUAAACUGACGGAGGAGAUGCAGACGUACCUGCUGGGCCUGUUCGAGCAGUACAUCGAGGCGGGCCUGCUGUUCGUGACUAAGAGCUGCGUCCAGGCCAUGGCACAGGUGGACAUCAGCAAGGUGACCACCCUCUGCUGCCUGCUGGAGGCCCUGCUGCUGGGCCCCGGUGGCCCUGACCUCACACUGGGUCUGAACAAGCUGAGCAGUGUGCUGUGCCAGACCUUUGUGUUCUGCUACCUGUGGGCGGUGGGCGGGAACCUGACGGACAGCUGCUGGGACGAUUUCGACAACUUCAUCAGGCAGCAGUUUGAGGACAACAACGACGCCAUGCUGCCCAGCACAGGGGACCUGUGGAGUGUGUACAUGGACUUCUCUCUGAACCGGCUGGAGCCCUGGGAGAAGGUGAUCCCCUCCUUCCAGUACAACAGCGAGGUGCCCUUCUUCGAGAUGCUGGUGCCCACCACCGACACGGUGCGCUACGGCUACGUGAUGGAGAAACUGCUCUCCGUGCGCCACUCUGUCCUGUUCACCGGGCUCACCGGCGUGGGGAAGUCAGUGGUUGCUCGUGGACUGCUCAACAAAAUACAGGAGAAGGCGGGCUACAUCCCCGUCUACAUCAACUUCUCCGCCCAGACCUCCUCGGCCCGGACGCAGGAGAUGAUCGAGUCCAAGCUGGAGAAGAAGAGGAAGAACGUGCUGGGGGCUCCCACUGGGAAGAAGCUGGUGGUGUUUGUGGACGAUCUGAACAUGCCCAAACUGGACAGCUACGGCUCCCAGCCUCCCAUCGAACUCCUGCGGCAGUUCCAGGACUUCCGCGGCUUCUACGACAGGGAGAAGUUCCACUGGAAGGCCAUUCAGGACAUGACGAUCGCUGCGGCCUGUGCCCCCCCCGGUGGGGGUCGUAACCCCGUGACCCCGCGCUUCCUGCGCCACUUCAGCAUGCUGUGUCUGCCCACGCCCUCCGAGCACAGCCUCAAGCAGAUCUUCAAGGCCAUCCUGUGCGGGUUCCUGGCGGACUUCCCCAUGGCGGUGAAACAGUCAGCGGACAACAUCGUGGAGGCGGCGGUGGAGAUGUACCACCGCAUGAGUGUGGACCUGCUGCCCACCCCCGCCAAGUCCCACUACGUCUUCAACCUCAGAGACCUGUCCAAGUGUGUGCAGGGCAUGCUGCAGUGUGACUCCAGCAGUGUGCGGGACCAGACCCAGAUCUUCCGCCUCUUCUGUCACGAGUGCCAGAGGGUGUUCCACGACCGGCUCAUCAACAACGAGGACAAGACCUACUUCAACACCAUGGUCUCCGAGAUGGCCAGCAAGCAUUUUGGGAUCAACUUGGAGCCAAGUUAUUUCGUGACUGAGCCCAUCAUCUUUGGGGAUUUUAUUAAGAUGGGGCAAGACAUGGCCGACCGUGUGUACGAAGACCUGAAAGAUAUCGAGAAGAUCCGCGACGUUCUGCAAGAGUACCUGGACGAUUACAACAUGACCAACUCCAAGGAGACCAAGCUGGUGUUCUUCCAGGAUGCCGUUGAGCAUGUCUCAAGGAUUGCGCGUAUGAUUCGUCAGGAGCGGGGAAACGCCCUGCUGGUGGGCGUGGGGGGCACGGGGAAGCAGUCUCUGACCCGCCUGGCGGCCCACAUGUGUGGCUACCGCUGCUUCCAGAUCGAGCUGUGCCGCGGCUACAACUACGACAGCUUCCACGAGGACCUGCGCAAGCUCUGCAAGAUGGCCGGCGUGGAGGGCAAGGAUACCGUCUUCCUCUUCACCGACACCCAGAUUGUGGUGGAGGAGUUCUUGGAGGACAUAAACAACAUGCUGAACUCCGGGGAGGUGCCCAACCUCUUUGAGAAGGACGAGCUGGAGCAGGUGCUGGCAGCCACCCGUCCUAAAGCCAAGGAAGCGGGCAUCGCCGAGGGCAACCGCGAUGAGGUGUUCCAGUUCUUCAUCUCUCGCGUGCGGGAGAAGCUCCACAUCGUGCUGUGCAUGAGCCCUGUGGGAGACGCCUUCAGGGCCCGCUGCAGGAUGUUCCCCUCGCUGGUCAACUGCUGCACCAUCGACUGGUUCGUCCAGUGGCCCCGGGAGGCCCUGCACUCCGUCUCCCAGUUCUUCUUCCAGAGCGUGGAGCUGGGCAGCGAGGAGAUGAAGGAGCGCUUCUCGGAGAUGUGCGUGGAGAUCCACAUCAGCGUGGAGGAGCUGGCCGAGCGCUUCUACUCGGAGCUGCGCCGCCGAUACUACACCACGCCCACCUCCUACCUGGAGCUCAUCAACCUCUACCUGUCCAUGCUGGACGGCAAGAGACAGGAGCUGGUCGCGGCUCGCGACCGUGUGAAGAAUGGCCUGACGAAGCUCCUGGAGACCAACGACCUGGUGGACACCAUGAAGGUGGAGCUGUCCGCCUUGGAGCCCGUCCUCAAGCAGAAGUCCAUCGACGUCAACGCCCUGAUGGGGAAACUGGCUGUGGACCAAGAGAAAGCGGAUCAGGUCCGCAGCGUGGUGAAAGACGACGAGGCAUUGGCCAAGGUGAAGGCAGAGGACACCCAGGCCAUCGCGGACGACGCCCAGCGGGACCUGGACGAGGCCCUGCCCGCCUUGGACAGCGCCAACACCGCGCUCAACGCCCUGGACAAGGCCGACAUCUCCGAGAUCCGCGUCUUCACCAAGCCGCCCGACAUGGUCAUGACCGUCAUGGAGGCCGUCUGCAUCCUGCUCAACAGCAAACCAGACUGGGCCAGUGCGAAGCAGGUGCUGGGCGACUCGUACUUCCUGAAGAAGCUGAUGGACUAUGACAAGGAGAACAUCAAGCCCCAGAUCCUGCAGAAGCUGCAGCGCUACGUCAACAACCCGGACUUUGUGCCGGAGAAGGUGGAGAAGGUGUCCAAGGCCUGCCGCUCCAUGUGCAUGUGGGUGCGGGCCAUGGACCUCUACUCCCGCGUCCUGAAGGAAGUGGGCCCCAAACGGGAGAAGCUCUCUGCCGCGCAGACGGAACUGGACGUGGUGAUGUCCACCCUCAGAGAGAAACAGGCCAAGCUCAAAGAAGUAGAGGAUGAGAUCAAAGUUCUGCAGGACCAGUUUGACAGCAGCGUGUCUGAGAAAGAGACUUUGGCGAAGACCAUGGCCCUGACGGAGGCGCGGCUGGGCCGCGCGGGGAAGCUGACGGCCUCGCUGGGUGACGAGCAGGUGCGCUGGCAGGACAGCAUCACGCAGUUCGAGCAGGAGAUCACCAACGUCAUCGGGAACGUCUUCAUCGGAGCCGCCUGCGUGGCCUACUACGGCGCCUUCACCUCACACUACCGCCAGCUGCUGAUUGACCAGUGGACGUCCCGCUGCCAGGAGCUGGGGAUCCCCAUCAGUGACAACUUCAGCCUCAUCAACAUCCUCGGGGACCCCUACGAGAUCCGCCAGUGGAACGCGGAAGGGUUGCCCCGGGAUACGGUCUCCACGGAGAACGGCAUCCUGGUGACGCGCGGUCGCCGCUGGCCGCUCAUGAUUGACCCCCAGGACCAGGCCAACCGCUGGAUCCGCACCAAGGAGACCAAGAACGGGCUGUCCGUGAUCAAACUGACCGACUCGGGCUUCCUGCGUACCCUGGAGAACGCCAUCCGCCUGGGCCUGCCCGUCCUGCUGGAGGAGCUGAAGGAGACCCUGGACCCCGCCCUGGAGCCCAUCCUGCUGAAGCAGACCUACGUCUCGGGCGGCCGCACGCUCAUCCGCCUGGGCGACUCCGACGUCGACUACGACAAGAACUUCCGCUUCUACAUGACCACCAAGAUGGCCAACCCGCAUUACCUGCCGGAGGUCUGCAUCAAAGUGACCAUCAUAAACUUCACUGUGACCAAGUCAGGGCUGGAGGACCAGCUCCUGAGCGACGUCGUCCGCCUGGAGCGGCCAGAUCUGGAGGAGCAGCGGAACGAGCUGAUCGUCUGCAUCAACGCCGACCGCAACCAGCUGAAGGACAUCGAGGACCGCAUCCUGAAGCUCCUAUUCACGUCCGAGGGGAACAUCCUGGACAACGAGGAGCUGGUCCAGACCCUGCAGGAGUCCAAGGUGACAUCAGGAGCCAUCAAGAGCCGGCUGCAGGAGGCGGAGGCCACGGAGGUGAUGAUUGACGCGGCUCGUGAGAAGUACAGAGCUGUAGCCACACGCGGCUCCAUCAUGUACUUCGUCAUCGCCAGCCUCUCCGAGAUCGACCCCAUGUACCAGUUCUCCCUCAAGUACUUCAAACAGCUGUUCAACAGCACCAUCGAGACGUCGGAGAAGAACGAGGACCUGGGCGUGCGGCUGCAGACCCUCCUCGACCAGACGCUGCUCACCUCGUACACCAACGUGUCGCGCGGCCUGUUCGAGCGCCACAAGGCCAUCUACAGCUUCAUGCUGUGCGUGGAGAUCAUGCGGCAGCGGGCCGAGGUGUCCGACGCCGAGUGGGCCUACCUGCUGCGCGGGAGCGUGGGCCUGGACCAGGAGUGGAGCAGUAAGCCAGACGUCCCCUGGCUUUCGGAUGAGGACUGGAAGACCUGCUGUGACCUGGAGGACAGGCUGCCCUGCUUUAAGGGCAUCAAGAAGGAGGUGGUGGCCACGCCCAUCUCCAUCACACUGGGGCGUCUGGAGGUCAGCGUGAACCCGGAGUCCUGGGAGGGCUACGUGACCGACCUGCCCCCGUACUCCGAGGACGCGACGGAGGAGCAGUCCAGCGCGGUCCGGGGCCACUGGAACCAGAGGCUGGGGGCCUUCCAGAAGCUCAUCCUUAUCAAGAGCUUCAUGGAGGAGAAGGUGGUGUUUGCGGUGACGGAGUUCGUCAUCGUCAGCUUGGGAAAGCAGUUUGUGGAGAACCCUCCGGUGGACCUGGCAACCCUGUACAGCGACAUGUCCCCCUCCACCCCUCUGGUGUUCAUCCUCAGCACCGGAUCAGACCCCAUGGGAGCCUUCCAGCGCUUCGCCAAGGAGCGGGGCUAUAUGAACAGGGUGGAGUCUAUCUCGCUGGGGCAGGGCCAGGGGCCAAUAGCGGAGAAGAUGAUCCUGGCAGCGCUGAAGUCAGGAAACUGGAUCUUCCUGCAGAACUGCCACCUGGCCGUGUCCUGGAUGCUGGCGAUGGAGGAACUCAUCAAAACCUUCGCCGAGCCUGACACAGUCAUCCAUGAGGAGUUCAGGCUGUUCCUCAGCUCCAUGCCCACCCCUGUGUUUCCCGUGACCGUCCUGCAGAACUCUGUGAAGGUGACCAACGAGCCUCCCAAGGGUCUGCGGGCGAACGUGCGGCGGGCUUUCACAGAGAUCUCCAGCAGCUUCUUCGAGGAGCACGUCCUGGGGCGCCCCUGGAGGAAGAUCAUCUUCGGGGUGUGCUUCUUCCACGCCAUCAUCCAGGAAAGGAAGAAGUUCGGCCCGCUGGGGUGGAAUAUCCGUUACGAGUUCAACGACAGUGACCGGGAGUGCGCCCUGCUCAACCUCAACCUGUACUGCCAAUCAGGGGAGAUCCCCUGGGACGCUCUCAUCUACAUCACAGGGGAGAUCACGUAUGGCGGCCGGGUGACGGACGCCUGGGAUCAGCGCUGCCUUCACACCGUCCUGAAGAGCUUCUUCUCUCCGCCCACGCUGGAGGACCGCUACACCUACUCCAAAUCAGGUAUAUAUUUUGCUCCUGAGGCCGACAGUUUGAAAGAAUACAAGCAGUACAUCGAGAACCUGCCUCUGAUCGACGACCCCGAGGUCUUCGGCAUGCACGAGAACGCCAACCUGGCUUUCCAGCGGCAGGAGACCAUGACCGUGAUCAACACCAUCCUGGAGGUGCAGCCGCGCUCCUCAGCCCAGGGAGGGGGCAAGAGCAACGAUGAGAUCGUGCACGAGCUGGCCGACUCCAUCCUGGCCAAAGUCCCGGUGAAGCUGGACAUGGACCUGGCCACAGAGAGUCUGUUUGAGAGAGACGCUAACGGCCGGCUGAGCUCCCUCACCACCGUGCUGGGACAGGAGGUGGACCGCUUCAACAACCUGCUCAGGGUGCUGCGGACGUCUCUGUGCACCCUGCAGAAGGCCAUCGCGGGGCUGGUGGUGAUGUCAGAGGAGAUGGAGCGUAUCUACAACAGCUUCCUCAACAACCAGGUGCCCAGCCACUGGGCCAACUCAGCCUACCCGUCCCUCAAGCCCCUGGGCAGCUGGGUGAAGGACAUGUCCCUGCGCACCAACUUCAUCCAGAGCUGGAUCACCAGGGGUCCCCCGCGGUCCUUCUGGAUCUCCGGAUUCUUCUUCCCCCAGGGUUUCCUCACCGGGGCGCUACAGAACCACGCCCGCUCCUACAACCUGCCCAUCGACGAGCUCAACUUCCGCUUCAACAUGGUGCCUGUGUACCGUGACCAGGCGGCCGUGUGCGAGGCGCUGAUGGGGCUGGCGGACCAAGCGGAGCUGGAGAUGGACUCUGAGCUCCCCGUCCCGGCGGACGGAGUGCUGGUCCACGGCAUGUUCAUGGACGCCAGUCGCUGGGACGACCAGAACAUGGUGAUGGAGGACGCGUUGCCGCGGGUGAUGAACCCCAUGCUGCCGGUGGUGCACUUUGAGCCUCAGAGGAACUACGAGCCCGAGGAGUCUCUGUACCACGCCCCGCUCUACAAGACCUCCGUGCGUGCAGGGACCCUGUCCACUACAGGGCACUCCACCAACUUCGUGGUGACCGUCAUGCUGCCCUCCAGCCGGCCCAGUGACUACUGGGUAUCGAAGGCCUCGGCCCUGCUCUGCCAGCUCAACGAGUGACGCCCGGCCUUCCUGAGUCUCAGCCUUCUCGACGUUGUCAUGUUGCUUUUAUUAUUAUUUUCAUUGAAGUGCACUUUUU